ACACAGACAUAGACACAGAGCAGGUCUUCAUCAUCAUCACCAUCAUCUUCUUCAUUGUGAUCAUCAUCACCAUCAACACCUUCAUCAUGAUCAGCUGGACCAUCUUCCUCUGUGCCUUGACUCCUACUCUCUGCUGUGAUUGGCUCAGACACUACAAUCACUAUAGCAACGUCACUCUGACACUCCUUCGACACAUGGGAGGUCAGCUGACUGAAGACGAGAGUCCAGUUUCCUUUCCAUUCACACUUUACACACAAGUACGCCACCAUCAGGAAGAUUCUCAGUUGAUUUUCAUCAGAGACAGUUUGUCAAGGAUCUCUGACCUCUAUCGCCAUGACGACCGCUCCUCCGUUACCUGGGACACGGACAUGACUCAUCACUUCCUGGUCAACCUCCAUCGACUGAAAGAAGAACUGAGCACAUGUGUGUUGACUAAGAAACACUUAAACAGACCUUUGAGGAGAUACUACAGGAAGCUACUCAGAAGAACUCUGUGCCGCACUGAUGGUAGUACUGCAUCAUGGGAAAUCAUCAGGAAAGAAACAGAACUUCAUCUUCAUCAGUUGCAGCUUCUCGUGGCGUCCAUCAUAAACUCUGCUGCCAACAGGAGGCGCUCUACACUUGGACAAUACUGAGUCAGUUGUUUAUGUUGUUCAUGUAUUAGAUUAUCAUGUUAGUUAUUUAUUUAUCAUAUUAAAUUGUUAUUUAUUUGUUUAUCAUAAUAUCAUGUUAGCUUUUUAUUUCAUA